UUUUCAUCUGGUCUUAGCAUUUUGAUCAGGAGUAUAAUGUACCGAAUAUCAAAGGUUCACCUCCAAACUCAGAUCCAGUUCCUACUUUUGGAUGUAUUGUCUACUUGAGCUAAUGUGUGAUUUUGGAUGAGGUGAGAAGAAACUAAAGAGUAACUUUUAUUGGAGAGCUUGAGUAAUCCUCUACUUGUUUGCACACCUGGUCCAUUUUCAACCAAUCAUUUAUCAUAUGCAAGAUCAAAACUAUCAUCCUGAAAAGAAGCACUAAAAUUCUUUGCGGUAAGUUUUGGUAGCUAGUUCUGUUUUAGGAUUUAGGAAUAAUUCCUUAGUAAAUCACAUCAACGGAGUUGAAAUCCAUGAGCCUGUUUAAAAAUCAUAAAUAUGGCAAGAGCUUUAUUGGACAUGCUGCAUUUGUCUAAAACAAAUUCUAGCAGAAGCCAGGAAUUGUGUGCUUAAAAAUACAACAUUGUUGUACAUUACAGUACCAUUAUUUUUUAAAUGAACUUUGUUCUUUUAUUUUUGAUUCUAUCCAUUCCACAUUUUGCUGUUUGUGUGGCGUUGUGUCCAUGUGUGCAUGGCUUUCGCUGAAACGUGGUGCUGUGACCAAGUCAUCUUUAGUUCAGGUUUCCUCCAUCUGAGGGAUGUUGCUUGCACUGCAUUCAGAUCCGACUAAGCCAAGUUGCCAUAUUUCUUUUUUCAGCUCUUCUCCUGGUUUACCUCCUAACAGGCCGUAGAUGUGCAGUAUUUUUCUGAACAUUUACCAAAGGAAGCAAGGCAUGUUCAGCCCAGCUGGAAACUCCUGUGUGUCUUGCAGCUUCUCUGGCCAUUAGGUGAAGUUGUGGGGACAUCCACUCCUGAUUUUGGAUCGUUUGGACUUACGAAUAAUGUUUUUUACUCUAGAAUGAGCAAUAUUUUUGUCUUAUAAAUCCUCCCAGAUUGACAGACAGCAGCAGCAGCUCUCCUAACUUUGGCAUGAAACGAUUAAUCAGACUCAGAAAAAAAAGGGCAGUUUUCUGUAAGUAAAAAACGUUCAGAGCAGGAAUGAGCCAAACCUGUAAAAAAGAAAAUACACACACACACAUAUAUAUAUGCAUUUUGCAAUUUAAGAUAAAAACAUCUUUGUCUGUAAAUAUGUUUUAACCAAAACGCCUCUAGUGUUUUAGCUUCCCUUGGUUCAGAUUCACAAAUUCACCAAUAAGGAAAUGCUAUGUUAUGGCAUCCUAAGUGAUAAAAUGUUUGAAUUGUCUGUUUAUUUCAUAUUUUUUACAUAUUUCUUUCUAUGUGUAAAAAAGACUUAACUGAUUAAAUGAAAAAUAUUCCCUGCAUUUUGUUUAUGUCUGUAAAAAAGAUCAAAAAUAAAGUCUACCUCUCAAUCAUGUAUCUCAUAAAGACCCUCCUAGAAACUGAAGUGUGUGGAAUAAUCCGAGGAAUUAUCGACGGUUCAAAAUAUCCCAGUUUGGUGCCACAGUGAGCAUGGAGUCAUCAAACUACAUUUUCUGAGUCAUCAGUGAAUAAAACAACAAUAAAAAAUAAACCAACCAGUCUUUCUUCUCUGUCUGAAUGACUUGGUUUGCCAAAUAAGGAGCUGAGGUGUUUGCCCUGCGCCUUCAUGGUUUAGACGGGGCUCCGAUGUGCAUUUUUCUUUCAAUCUCUGAAUUCCACUCGCUGCCCGUUUGGGCCCUGUACUCAUUGCAUAAUGCAUAUUCUACAUGUCAGCCACACAUUGCUGGUGAAAUCCCUCAAUUUAUGGACCAGCUCAAGAGGAGUCACCCAUUGAGGAAUUCCUCCUGCACCAGGCCAUGUUCUAAUUAUAAAACUCUGAUUCUUCUUCUUUCUUUUUUUAUUGCUCGACCUUUUGAUGUCCUUUCCUCUGACCCCUGGAUUUAGCAUGUAGACUGGGAUUAGAGACAAAAAGCAGACUUUUUACCACAGGUAAUUCCACAAUAAUUCACAGGGGCUUUUAACAAAUGUGUUUUUGUGUUCACGUUUUCUAUACUCGUCAUUUUUUUUUGACAUUUUUGUUUCAAAGAUAUUUAAUUCACGAGCGUAACUGUCAUGGCUUUGAAUUGAUUCAUUCACCGUUCAUAUUUCUUGUAAAACUCUCCAAAAUGUCUUAAAAAAAAAUAAAAAAUAAAAUUAAAUAAUAAAACCAUCAACCUUUUGGGAACCUAUACCAUUAGUGGCCGGCUUCCUUUGGAAAAACACCUGUGGGGGGAAACACUUUGUGAUUUACACCAACGCAUAAAAUCCCAACAGGACAAAUUCUGGGUCAAGCGCCCGCCUGCCCCUCCUACGCUCUCCGUCAGUCUCAGGUGAGCGAGAAAAAGACGGCUGGCAAGUAAUGGGUUAGUGUCUGGUCUCCCCCCUACAUCUCUUCGAUCCCCCCCUUCUUCAUCCCGGAGGGAUAUAUAUCGGAGGUCGUGACUCGUCUCCAUCUAAGGCAUCACUUCUAGACGGACGGACGCAGACGUCUCCGCUUCGUUUCGAGGGACUGAACUUGACGAAGACCAGACCCGUGACCAUGAAACCCUUUUUAAAGGUUCUCGUGAUUCUGUUCUGCGUCGGCAAGGUAGAAGGCCGCUGGCUGAGGUCUCUGAUUGGCCAAAAGCAGAAACCUGCGUCGCCUUCAGACGAGGACAGAAGAAGCAGAUUUCUAACAACCGAAGGAAUCCAAAGGGAAGCCUCCGGAGAUGAGCCAGUCCCGGUCCGGACGCGGCGCUCUGCUCCCGACUCCCACUGCGGCCUCCGCUCCGUCUUGCUGCAGGUGCGAGACCUGGGGCUGGGCUACGACUCGGACGAGACGGUCUUGUUCAAGUACUGCGGGGGGUCUUGCCCCCGCGCCCGCUCCAACUACGACCUCACGCUCAGCAACCUGCUGCUCAGCGGGCGGCUCCCGCAGCCGGCCCCCGGAGAGCCGUGGCACAGCGUGCCGUGCUGCAGGCCCACUCACUACGAGGACAUGGCCUUCCUCGACAACUCGCACCGCUGGCACAAGGUGGAGAAACUCUCUGCCGCCGCGUGCGGCUGUGCAGACUGAAAACGGGCCGGAUCCAGGGGAAUAAGGGUCAGGUGAGAGAGAGCUGAAGAUAUCUGGAGAGGACGAUUUGACUCACUGCGAAAUGAAAACGAAUAACAAAAUUUUUUUUUUUUUUUUCAGAAAAGAGGCUUCAUAAGCAGAUUCUAAUGUUUGACUCAGAUUUCUGUUUUAUCCACGAUUUAGAUUUCCAGGAAGCAUUGCUUUGUGAGUUUGUGUUAUUUCCAAUUAAGGUACAAUGGAAGAAAUGCUUUAACUUGAAUUACAAGCUAAUUGUAAAUAAGUUAAUAUCUAUUUAUUAAAAAAAUAAU